AUGGGCACACGGAGAGGACAAUUAGAGAUCUUGGAUGGACAGAUGGGGAUGGCGAAGAGUGAUAAAUCAAGCAGAGAAGAACUAAUGAAGUGGAAGUGGAAGUGGAAGAAGCCCGGCAGAGGUUGGUCGAGGAUGUUGAGACCGGCAGGAGAUUGGCGGGGCGGCUUGGCGGCGGAACAGCCCAACACAAAUAUUACCAAUCUUACAGCAGUGCAGAGUACUGUAUACGGCUGUUGCACGGAAGUUAAAUAUGCGCAACGCAUGCCGCUGAAUAACCUCGAGAAUUCCCAAGGCACCAUAAUCACCAAGGAAAAUAUGAAGGAGUUAGAAGAAUUCCUGAGAAUACGCAUUGCCGUAUUCCAACUUCAAGAGAUUGGACUUCCACAGUCUAGCAAGGAAGAUCCAAAAUGUCAUGGCUAA